AUGGGAGGUCCAUCGGCAAACACAUAUAUGGGUUGGUGGGGUCACAUGGGUGGCCCCAAGCAAAAGGGUGUCACUUCGUACUCCGUGUCGCCCUACGCACAGAAACCUCUAGCACAUUCGUUCGAAAAUGCAUUUUUUAACAGUUUUAGAAGGUUUAAGUCGCAGGUACUGUUUGUAUUGAUACCCGCUGGCAUAUACUACGCCUGGUGGAAGAACGGCGAAGAGUAUAACAGUUACUUGUACACAAAGGCCGGGAGAGAAGAAUUAGAGAGGGUGAACGUAUAA